GAUCUUUACGAGCCGGCCUGCCACUGGUUGAGGGGAAAGGGUAUAAAAGGUCAAUUUUAGGACCUUUUAAAGAUAUCAGUUAAACAAGUAAGGAUGUUCCAGACUGUUCCGGACACUUCGUCUUACGUCAAGGUAAGACAUGACAGCAUCUUUAAACAGGAGGCCCUGUCGGUGGUGAGCGACGACCAGUCCCUGUUCGACUCGGCGUACGGCGCCGCCGCCGCGCACCUCGCCAAGGCGGACAUGACGGCCUCGGGGAACCCCGACUACGGGCAGCCGCACAAGAUCAACCCCCUGCCGCCGCAGCAGGAGUGGAUCAACCAGCCGGUGCGGGUCAACGUGAAGCGGGAGUACGACCACAUGAACGGCUCCAGGGAGUCCCCCGUAGACUGUAGUGUGAACAAAUGCAGCAAACUCGUCGGAGCAGGAACAGAGCCCAACCCCAUGAGCUACAGCACCUACAUGGAUGAGAAGAACGGGCCUCCCCCCAACAUGACCACCAACGAGAGGAGAGUCAUUGUCCCAGCAGAUCCCACCCUAUGGACGCAGGAGCACGUGCGCCAGUGGCUGGAUUGGGCUAUAAAGGAGUAUGGAUUAAUGGAGAUCGACACCUCCCUCUUCCAGAACAUGGAUGGCAAGGAGCUCUGCAAAAUGAACAAGGACGACUUCCUGCGAACAACCACCCUCUACAACACCGAAGUUCUGCUGUCUCACCUCAGUUACCUCAGGGAAAGCAGCUCGUUGCUGGUCUACAAUACUCCACCCCACACUGAGGCUUCCUCACGUCUCGCCACCAAAGAAGAUCCCUCCUGCGAUGCAGGAUGGGGCAGUAAUAUGAAUUCUGGCCUCUCCAAAUGCCCUCCUGUUGCAGGGACGCAAAAUGUGAACAAGACGACAGAGCAGCAACGGCCCCAACCAGAUCCCUAUCAAAUCCUGGGGCCCACUAGUAGCCGUCUUGCCAAUCCAGGGAGCGGGCAGAUCCAGCUGUGGCAGUUCCUCCUCGAGCUGCUCUCGGACAGUUCCAACGCCAGCUGCAUCACGUGGGAAGGCACCAACGGGGAGUUCAAGAUGACGGACCCUGACGAGGUGGCCCGGCGCUGGGGGGAACGCAAGAGCAAGCCCAACAUGAAUUACGACAAGCUGAGCCGGGCGCUGCGAUACUACUACGAUAAGAACAUCAUGACCAAGGUGCACGGCAAGAGGUAUGCCUACAAAUUUGACUUCCAUGGCAUCGCCCAGGCUCUUCAGCCUCAUCCCACCGAAUCUUCCAUGUACAAGUAUCCGUCGGAUCUCUCCUACAUGCCUUCCUACCAUGCCCACCAGCAGAAGGUGAACUUUGUACCCCCGCACCCCUCCUCCAUGCCCGUCACAUCGUCCAGUUUCUUCGGAGCAGCCUCCCCUUAUUGGACCUCCCCUACUGGAAGCAUCUACCCAAACCCCAACGUCCCUCGCCAUCCCAACGCCCACGUAUCACCACACUUGGGCACCUAUUACUAGAUGCUUUUAUCUUCAAGGGGCCUUAUCAGUUUGGUUGGACACCUUCUUUACUUCUGGGAUUUUUAUUUGUUGUUAUUUUUUUCCGGGACCCUUAAUGGAUAACUGUGGCCUUCCUGGGGGAUAGUUAAAACUGGAUAUUGGUUAUUCCUGGAUCAAACCUUUAACUUUUGUAACUUUUGUCUCUUGUGUCUUCAGCUGAGAGAUGGAUGCUUCUUUGGGCCAGUACUCUGCCUUUUCUUUGGGUUUUUAAUGCUUAUGCCCUCUGUAGGAGCUGACCAUGAAGAUUGUUCACCACGACUUGGAAUGAUUAUUAGCGUUUCGAUCACAGAAUUUUUAAGAAUUCAAAGGCUUCUUAGAAGACAUAGAUCCAACUGUGGGUUGUAGGAAAAGAUGACUACAUGGGUUUGUUUCUCGCUUUGGAGAGGGUAGGCAGUUUGACCAUUAAGUCAGGAGGACCUUGGGCUGCAGGGGACUGCAACUGGAAUCUUAGUUUUAAGGCAAACGAGGAGUUUCACCCAACUGGAAAUUAAAUAUAUAUAUAUUCAUAUAUAUAUAUAUAUAUAUGUACAUGUAUAUUUUAAGAAGGGCAUUGAAGGAAGUUUUCUAGACUGUACAACUUCUUUAGACUGUAUAUUAACUCCAGACACAUCAGAGACCAGACGAAAUAAAGUAACCUAAUGUCAAGACAUUCCUUGAAAGUGAAGUAAAAUAAAUGACAGCAGGUCCUUGAGCUCUGCCAAGGGCUAAAGGGAUCGCUAAGUGCUACCGAUUCGCGAACGCUGUGCGUUUGUCAGACCGUCAUCCAAAGGGUCAACAAAUCAGAAGGCAAAUUACUGUAUAAGUUAUGCAGAGUUAUUUUUUUUUCCCUAUAUCUCACAGUAUUAAAAGAAAGAUUAAAUAAAACGAGUUGACCUCGGUCACAAAUGCAGGUUUGUUUUUUUGUUACUAUCAGCUCAGUUGUUUGUGGGUUGUUUUUGUUUUGUUUUUAAUGUAAUUUGUACAUCUUUUCAAUCUGUACAUUUGGGCUGUAGCUUUGUACUUUUUACUAAAAAAGAAAAAAUUAAAAAAAUUAGACAUGAGUAAUGUAUCUGUUGGAGAUAGCCUCCGUGCUGCAAUUGGAUCCCUACCUGACCCCAAAACUAGCCAGAAACCUUCCAGACUUCUCUGCGUUUGUCGACAAUAGAGAUUUUUCUUGUAUUAGCCUGUCAAAACUGUCUGCAAAUUAACUCCAUUUGGCUAAUAUGUUUGCAUUAA